AUGGGUCUCUCUCGGGAUGGGCUCAGCCUGCUCUUGUUCCUGGUUCUGGCCUGGUGCCUGGCCCCACCUGCCCGCUGCCAGGGCCCGCGCUAUGAGAAGUUCCUGCGGCAGCACCAUGACCACCCGCGGACCAACGCCGGGCGGGAUUACUGCAGGGCCAGGAUGCAGCACCGGGGGAUGGCCCGGCCCUGCAAAGACAUCAACACCUUCAUCCAUGCCCCCAAGGCCCAGAUCCACGCUGUCUGUGGCUCCGCGGGCAUCGAGUACUGGGGCAGGCGGCGCAGCCAGGCUCAGUUCCCUGUCACCAGCUGCUCACUGAAGGGCCCCCCGUGGGGCAGGUGCAACUACCUGGGCCACGCCAACCACAGAUUCCUCGUUGUCACCUGCGACCCAGCAGGCUGGCCCGUGCAGUUCGACGAGAGCCACAUCAUGAGAUAGGGCCAAGCACCACGCCCUGCCCCGCCUCGGCAUGGAACUGAGCCCUCGACCACACGUUGUGUUGAAUGGGCCAGACCCCCGGCUGGUGUGAAUGGACUUUAGCUCCUGGGGGUCAGUGGCGCCAGCCCUCCAGUUGGUGUGAAAGGACCGUAGCUCUAUGGGGGUCAAUGGGGCCAGUCCCCCAGUGGUGUCAAUCAGCAUCUCUCCAUUAACAUUGACACCCUGGGAGCAGUGCUUCAAAGCCAUGCAGCUCCUGUCUGGUGAGGUUUGCUCUGGACACAAGCCCAGGACUGCCCAGGCCACGCAGGCUGCCUAGUUGUUCGCCCCGCUGCAUGUCUCCAGGUGGCCUGGACACCA